UAAAGUCGUCAAAUCAAGAUAAAUUGAAAAGACGCAGAUCCGGAUAUUUCUGGGAUCGUAUUUAACUGUUUAACAAAAGAUUGAUUGAACAUGAUGUAAUGAUUAACAAUUAAAGCGUUAAAGUAAAUAAUUUUCUUCUAAAAUGGCGAACAUAUUUCUGAUACUUUUUAUGAUUUACAUAAAUGUUCAUUUAACAGAGAGCCAACUAUUUAACUGCAGCAGACCCGCGUACGACAAACUGGAAGAAACAGAGCCAGGCGUGUGUCUGUACACUUUAUGUGUGCAUUGUGUUUCUAAGACUACAUCGUUCCAGGAUUUAAACUACACCUUUGCCAUUCAAAUGAACGGCACUGUUUGGACACUGGAUAAAGAAAAUGCUCUCUAUUCAACUCAAGACACCUUGACUGACAUCACAUUUCCUUUCAAUGAUAGUCUAGGAUUUAGUCUGUUUGAUGGUCCAGUUCAGUUCCAGUUUUCAAUGUCAGCUCUAGAGGAAGAUGGGAAUGUUAUUCGUGAGACGAAUCCAUGGACAGCACAAGAACUAUUCAAGGCUCCAGACUUUAUUUGUGGCAGUGCUGAUUAUGACAGAUCUCAAACUCCUAGAUAUGAAAUGUGCCGCCAUUCUCUAUGUGUUGUAUGUGUUUCCAAUGUCACUUACCAGCAAAUAAACGCUACACUCGGUUUCUUAUUUAAGAUUUAUGAUAAUCCCAUACAUCAUGAAUAUAGAAGUCCCUAUACAAUUUCAGUUGGCUAUUCUUCAAAUAAAACCACUUUCUAUUUAACUAAAGACCACAAAACAGUCAUUACAUUCCCAUUUAAUGAAGACCUCAUGGAAAUUGUCCAAUUUGAACACUCAACACAAUAUCAAUUUUCUAUGUCAGCCAUAGACAAUGAAGGCAGGUUGAGAGAGACAUUUUCUCCUUUGAGUGAACCCAUCAAAUACAAAUCUACUACAGAAAUUUACUUUACAAUCAACGGAAAGAACGACUCUUUCAUUGAGGAAUCAGGCGACACUCUGGUGUUUCUCUGCACUUCAAAUGGAUACCCUCCACCUUUAUUAUAUCUGGAUUCACUUGUGACAUACAGUUCAAAGCUAUUUGAUGAUCAUUUAAUUUAUCCUGACACACCAGUAAAUAUUACAAUCCGUGGUCUUUUGGUGACAGGUUACUAUUUAUGUUACCAUUUAGACAAAUUACAAUAUGUAGAAAAGAAAAUUUUUGUCUUGUCCCACAGCCAGCUCAGAUUAAUGUCAAAUAUAUUUGAACAGAAGGACUUAGAGUUUCAAAGUUUAGGAUACCUUGACUUCUGGCCAGACUACGAGGCCUAUUUUUCCGUGAUAGGAUACCCAGCGCCGUACUCCAUGCAACUCUGGUCUAAUGGUGAUAACAUCACCGAAGGAGUAGAAUUGACCUAUGGCGAUACGUCUGAUUAUGUAAACAGUAACAUAUACGUUAAGUUCACAGACCACGCUCUUCUAGUGCAACAGAAAAACUACAGUUUAACAGUGAACAACGGGCAUCCGACCAGCUUCACGUUUGUGUGUGGAGAUUGUAAUUUCUUAGCCAACUCCUGCACAAUCAAAAGUAAUGCAAUGUCUUUGAACGUCUUUCUUCUUGUUGUUCGCCUGCUAUCUCAGUAGAGCGCAAGGACUGAAAUCAAGGACUAGCACAAUUUGUGUGGACUUGACUUGUAAAUGUGUAUACUUUAUUUUUAAUGUGUAAUGUGUUGUCAUAGUUUAGACUAUUUUCGGCAUUGCUUUUGUCAUAAGGUCAGAGACUCCCAGCAAUAUGCAAAGUUCUUUUUGACUUUUAAGUUACAGGCUUUUGGAAUGAGGCUUUAUUUUAGCAUCCUUUAUAACACCUAUGACAUAGAGAGAGAUGGCAGAAACAAAUGGCUCAUGCUAAAUGUAAAUCCCAUUUUGAUUACAAAGAAAGUUAUUCCUAUGUUCGAGCACUUUAAAUGAGAGGAUCAUACAUGUUCUUUAGUCAGCAUCAAAGAAUCGAGCAUCGAGUCAAAUGCAAUUUCAAGACAUUUGAAAUGAAAACAAAUUCCUUUGUUUUGAUCGCGGUGCAAUAAUUCAACAAGCUGAACAGUGUGAGGUAACGGGGUCGAUCAAUUGGAAAAUACUAAAAGAAAAAAAGUAAGGGUUUGACAGUAGUAAUUUAAAAAGUAAGGGUUUGUCAGUAGUAAUUAAAAAAGUAAGGGUUUGUCAGUAAUAAUUAAAAAAAGUAAGGGUUUGUCAGUAGUAAUUAAAAAAAGUAAGGGUUUGUCAGUAGUAAUUAAAAAAAAGUAAGGGUUUGUCAGUAGUAAUUUUAAAAAAGUAAGGGUUUGUCAGUAGUAAUUUUAAAAAAGUAAGGGUUUGUCAGUAGUAAUUUUAAAAAAGUAAGGGUUUGUCAGUAGUAAUUAGGGGGGAGGCAUUGUAAAGCGGGUCGUUCAAAAUCAAGUUUAAUGCUUAGGUCAGAGAAAUUACGAUGCGCAUGUUUUUAAAAUAUCAACAAUAACAUGAGGAUACAGGGGAAGAGAGAAGGAAAGAGAUAUAGAGCGGACCAUUUCAUUUCAUGGUAUUAGACACAAUUCACGGGAUAAAAUGUAUAUUAGGGGGAUCAUUAAAAUGUGACCCGAUUAUUGGAAGUUCAAAAAAAAAGGUAGAGCUGUUCCGGCCGUAAUAAACCUUGAACAAAUCAACGGGCGUAGUCGGUAUCUAAUACUAGUAAAAUAGAAGCUCCUUAGGAUGCUACUAACUUGUCAACAGUAUUUAUUAUAACAACAUCCUAUGAAGACAUUAAGACAGUGGACACUUGACUAGCAAUGAACCAAUGGCAUCCAAUGAUACACAACUGGUCUAACAUCAACAGACUUAUACCGGUAAUACUUCAAAAUUAGCAUUAAAACGUCUAGACUGACAACAGCACAGCACUCAAGGAUUGAAAAAAUGAACAUUCAACACCAACACUAGCUACGAUAGCACCAUCACUGACAACAGCACAGCACUCAAGGAUUAAAAAACUGAACAUUCAACACCAACACUAGCUACGAUAGCACCAUCACCGUCUACAGUAACACCAACAUUGACACCCUAUAGGAAAAAAACAACAAGACUCAAACGUCAAAUCUAAAAUUAGAAAUACGAAACGAAUCUAAAUAGAAAAUUUCAUAGAAAUAUAAAAGAAAACUCUAUUAUCUAAUCAGGGGUUAAAGAGUCCUUCCCAAGAAUAGGUCCAAGGCAAUAAGACUAAGGCUGUCCACUAGCAUUAAGUCAAGAAUCAUUUUCCGGAUCCAAAAUCUUUGAUUAUUUUAAUUAUCUAAAUUUGGUGCCUGGCAAUCAAAACUAAGAGCUGUCAAUUGACGUCACAGGAAAUUAUGGCGUAGCCCCUGGAAGAACACUGUGGGCUAUUUGAACUAUCUACAAUGAAGAACGCUGUGGGCUAUUUGAACUAUCUACAAUGAAGAACGCUGUGGGCUAUUUGAACUAUCUACAAUGAAGAACGCUGUGGGCUAUUUGAACUAUCUACAAUGAAGAACGCUGUGGGCUAUUUGAACUAUCUACAAUGAAGAACGCUGUGGGCUAUUUGAACUAUCUACAAUGAAGAACGCUGUGGGCUAUUUGAACUAUCUACAAUGAAGAACGCUGUGGGCUAUUUGAAAUAUCUACAAUGAAGAACGCUGUGGGCUAUUUGAACUAUCUACAAUGAAGAACGCUGUGGGCUAUUUGAACUAUCUACAAUGAAGAACGCUGUGGGCUAUUUGAAAUAUCUACAAUGAAGAACGCUGUGGGCUAUUUGAACUAUCUACAAUGAAGAACGUUGUGGGCUAUUUGAACUAUCUACAAUGAAGAACGCUGUGGGCUAUUUGAACUAUCUACAAUGAAGAACGCUGUGGGCUAUUUGAAAUAUCUACAAUGAAGAACGCUGUGGGCUAUUUGAACUAUCUACAAUGAAGAACGCUGUGGGCUAUUUGAACUAUCUACAAUGAAGAACGCUGUGGGCUAUUUGAACUAUCUACAAUGAAGAACGCUGUGGGCUAUUUGAACUAUCUACAAUGAAGAACGCUGUGGGCUAUUUGAACUAUCUACAAUGAAGAACGCUGUGGGCUAUUUGAAAUAUCUACAAUGAAGAACGCUGUGGGCUAUUUGAACUAUCUACAAUGAAGAACGCUGUGGGCUAUUUGAACUAUCUACAAUGAAGAACGCUGUGGGCUAUUUGAAAUAUCUACAAUGAAGAACGCUGUGGGCUAUUUGAACUAUCUACAAUGAAGAACGCUGUGGGCUAUUUGAACUAUCUACAAUGAAGAACGCUGUGGGCUAUUUGAAAUAUCUACAAUGAAGAACGCUGUGGGCUAUUUGAACUAUCUACAAUGAAGAACGUUGUGGGCUAUUUGAACUAUCUACAAUGAAGAACGCUGUGGGCUAUUUGAACUAUCUACAAUGAAGAACGCUGUGGGCUAUUUGAAAUAUCUACAAUGAAGAACGCUGUGGGCUAUUUGAACUAUCUACAAUGAAGAACGCUGUGGGCUAUUUGAACUAUCUACAAUGAAGAACGCUGUGGGCUAUUUGAACUAUCUACAAUGAAGAACGCUGUGGGCUAUUUGAACUAUCUACAAUGAAGAACGCUGUGGGCUAUUUGAACUAUCUACAAUGAAGAACGCUGUGGGCUAUUUGAAAUAUCUACAAUGAAGAACGCUGUGGGCUAUUUGAACUAUCUACAAUGAAGAACGCUGUGGGACAUUUGAAAUAUCUACAAUGAAGAACGCUGUGGGCUAUUUGAAAUAUCUACAAUGAAGAACGCUGUGGGACAUUUGAAAUAUCUACAAUGAAGAACGCUGUGGGCUAUUUGAAAUAUCUACAAUGAAGAACGCUGUGGGACGUUUGAACUAUCUACAAUGAAGAACGCUGUGGGCUAUUUGAAAUAUCUACAAUGAAGAACGCUGUGGGCUAUUUGAAAUAUCUACAAUGAAGAACGCUGUGGGCUAUUUGAAAUAUCUACAAUGAAGAACGCUGUGGGCUAUUUGAACUAUCUACAAUGAAGAACGCUGUGGGCUAUUUGAACUAUCUACAAUGAAGAACGCUGUGGGCUAUUUGAAAUAUCUACAAUGAAGAACGCUGUGGGCUAUUUGAAAUAUCUACAAUGAAGAACGCUGUGGGCUAUUUGAAAUAUCUACAAUGAAGAACGCUGUGGGCUAUUUGAAAUAUCUACAAUGAAGAACGCUGUGGGCUAUUUGAAAUAUCUACAAUGAAGAACGCUGUGGGCUAUUUGAAAUAUCUACAAUGAAGAACGCUGUGGGCUAUUUGAAAUAUUUACAAUGAAGAACGCUGUGGGCUAUUUGAAAUAUCUACAAUGAAGAAAGCGGUGCGCUAUUUUUUGUUCAAUCAUUUAAAAGUAUAAACACACGAUUUCCGCAUCAAAACUAACUCCGACACCGUCUAGAUCCUGACUGGCUGCAACAAGAAUUGCAAGAAAAAAGGAAACAACUUACUUCAAAGUUUAAAUCCAACAUUUAUAUCGACAUGUCCACACGGAACUUCAGAUUGGCCAACAUAUAUCGACAUGUCCACACGGAACUUCAGAUUGGCCAACAUAUAUCGACAUGUUCACACGGAACUUCAGAUUGGCCAACAAAAUUGAACAUAAUUAAUAUUUGCAUGCGUACAAACGUAUCUAUGCUACACAUGCUACAUAUGCAUGUGAGACGUGGAAGUCAUCUGUCAAAAUUGAGAAAACACUAAAUGUGGCUCAACAGAGAUGGCUGAGACGGAUUUUGGGAAGUCAGUUACACAGACCGGAUCUCAAACAAGGAAAUCCUAUGCCGAACUGGGAGUCGAACACUUAGUGAGGUUGUGACUGAGUGUCGCAUGAGGUUUGCGGGACAUGUUCUACGUCAAAAUGAAUUACGCACACCAAGAGUUGCGAUAACAUGGAAGCCAAAACGAGGAAAGCGCAAACAGGGACGUCCUCGUAUUACCUGGCGACACACCUUCAUGGAGGACCUCAGAACAUUGGACACCAGAUGGGAGGAGGCUUCAGACAUUGCCAGUGACAGAUCAUUAUGGAGACAGCUUGCCGCCCAAUGCGCCGAACGGCGCGGGAGGACCUAAGUCUAAGUCUAAGUAAACGUAUCUAGAGUUUAUGAGGAAAAUGACAUUGAAUUUUUGUUAAAAAACCUUUGAGCUUUCAAACUUUUAUAACCUACGUUCCCUUUUCGCACUUGCCAGAAGUUCAUUCAGAGUUCAAGUUUAAGAUAUUUCGUUUCUCCUUAACGUUUGUUCUACAAAUCUGGAUCACGUGUUUACAGUCAGCUUCCGAUUCGUCUAUGUUGCGUCUUUUUUCUGAAUUAAAUGUCCAAUAUUUUUGCGAAACAAGGUUUUCUUACCUGUUAGUUAUCAAUUGUUAUUUCUUGAAGACGACAUCCGAUGUGAAACAGAAACAAAUUCAAUCACCACCAAUAGGUUUAUUUCUUUUCACUGACAUAUUGUAGCAAUGUAGCUUUUUACUGUCUCGAUCACUCUCGGUGCUAUUAGAGCAUGGAAUGGGUUGCCUGAGCUAGCCAGGAAAACCAGUGACUUGUAGAAUUUAAGUCAUUGGUUAAUAUGCAUGACUGAAUGCAUGACGCGUAGAACGUAAUUAUUUUCUUUUUUUUUUGAAGUAACGUCUGUAUUAUAUAAGAAGAAGUUGCUCCGCCCUGCUUUUCAAAGUAUCAAGUAGGUCACAUCAGUAUGGGGAAGGACACAUAGAAAAUAAAUACAGGUCUGAUAGUUCAAAUACAAAGUAUUUCAUAAUAAAAGGAUGUUCACUAGGUAUUUAUCUGUUUUUUUGAUACAUUAUAUUUCUAAAGCUUUAAUCUCUAUAAGAGAAAGACAAAUGAAGUUCCCACGUAAUUAUCAAAAAUUGUGUAUAUUAUUAUAAACUGUGCAGUUUGUAUAAAUGUGUCUCUCCAUAUUGUAUGUAAAUGUAACAUCUUGUUGACAUCUUGUUGAUGUUGUGGAAGAACAACCACGCUUCAAGAUUUAGUUUUAGUUUUUUAUUAUUGUAUAAUUCUAUCAGUUUUUAAUGAUUAAGCAACUGCUUGAAAUGAAAUAAUUUUUAUGAACGUUUGAUUGUACAUGAUUGCUAAUUUGUCCAUUCCAAAUUGUUUGUAUUUAUAAAGAAAAGAAAAUAGCUUAUGUUUAUUACGAUUUUAGAGAUAUUAAUUUCAUUGACUGCAAUUUUUAAUCUAAAUUUCUCAACGAUUUAAUACAAUGUUAUAUUAUGUUGAUUGAAUUUUGAACAUUAAUAAAUUAUAUAUCUAGAAUGAUGUAUGAAUAAACCAAAAAUGCAAAAUCCCA